UAUCUGUCAAGAGUGUCAAGUUUUCGGCGCGCAAACGACGUGUUUAAUCUUGUUCAACGCAACCGCAAAUUCGACGGAUUCUAGCCAAACUAAAUAAGAAUCAAAUUAUUGGUUAUUUGUCUCGAGUACUUACUACCACAUAGUUUUCUUUAGUCCGAUUUGUAGGAAAUAACUUAUUCCGCAAAAUGUGGAACGAUCAGUCUGCAGUUGGAGGAGGAUUUUUCAACUCGCCAAAUCAAUUUGGUAAUGUUAACACUCCAAACCAGGCUCCGAAAACAGGUCGUAGAGCAUCCCGUACAGCACCAAUUGUAAUUAGACAAGCUCUGCACAGUGGAGAUGAUGGUGUUAAAAUAUGGGGAACAGAAAUUCAGAUUGUAUCAAUUGUAGCCCGUGUCAGGAACAUUCGUAUGCAAAGCACCAAGAUCACAUACACAAUACAAGAUAUUACUGGCAGGAUGAGAGCCGUCCUCUGGCUGGACCAGGAGGCUGAUGAAGAUGAUAAGGCCGCACCCAAGGUGCAAGUAAAUGAUUAUGUCCAAGUUUAUGGGACAGUCAAGACCAACAAAGGGAAGAAAGUAAUAAUGACAUUCAAAGUAAUGCCAGUUACUGAUGUGAAUGCUAUUACAUUCCACUAUUUACAGUGCAUUCAUAAUAAAGUCAAAAUGGAGGCUGAUUCAAAGAAGGAAAAAGUCACCAAUAACAAUUCCACAUUCCAAAGUGGAUUACCAGCUAAUUCCAUGGUUGGUGUAACAGAAAGUACAGGGUCUGUAAAUGGCCUGAACCCACGUCAAAUGAUGGUAUUUAAUCUCAUAAGGGCUUCAACCCAAGAACAGGGUAUUAGUAAGCAAGACAUGUAUUCUACAUUAAAAGACCGUAUGUCACAAGUUGAGUUUGAGAAUAUUUUGGAAUGGAUGUGUGGCGAGGGUCACAUCUACUCAACUAUUGAUGAAGAACAUUUCAGAGCUACCGAUGCUUUCUAAGACUCUCCUAACACUGAAACCUGAAUUAUUUUAAAGUUAGCUUGAUAUAUUAGACUAUGUCCUAAUCAUUAAUUAUUUUCAUAAAUAAAAACACUUUAUAAAAGUAA